AUGGCUACCCAUAGUGUCCUAGCUUUUGACGCUGAGGGUCGCGCCAUUGAUUUUGAGGUCUGGUUAGACGACCUGCAGCUGUUCUUACAGUGCGACAGGGCUGACGGCCUUUCUCUUUUUGACCUCACCUCUGGCGCCUCUCCUGCUCCUGCUACUGAUGCUGAUCCCACUGUCCGCUCUCAGUGGGCCACCCGCGAUGCUGCUGCACGUCUUGCUGUGCGUCGCCACCUCCCUACCUCUGAGCGCGCGCACUUUAGUCAGUACAAGAGUGCUCAGACCUUGUACGACGCUGUAGUUGCGCGCUACUCCUCCCUUGCCACUGCUGCACUGAGCCGUCUCAUGCUUCCCUACCUCUUUCCUGACCUCUCUGCCUUUCCCACUGUUGCUGACCUCAUUACGCACCUCCGCACUAGUGACACUCGCUACCGCGCCGCCCUUCCUGCUGAGCUCUGCGCUAAGAACCCACCCCCCAUGUACAUCGCUCUCUACUACGUAGUCGCGCGCCUCCCUGACUCCCUUCGCGUCGUCAGGGACCACUUUCUCGCAGUCUGUCCCACCACCCUCACCGUCGACCUCCUCGAGAAGGCCCUCCUCGCAGCGGAGACGAGCAUAGUCGCUGUAGGUGCUUCUCGUGGUGACCCUCGCACCCCCAUCUUUGAGGGGUGCUCUCCUUCCCCCUUGCUGCCCUCUGUUGCCUCUGCUGCUGCUGCCGACCUGCUUGGUCUUGAGUCGGUCGGCGCGGCGUCUACCCCUAGUGGGAGACGUCGCUCCAGCAAGGGCAAGGGGGGCAAGGGCGCGGGUGGAGCUGGAGGGGGCGGUGGCGGUGGCGGCGGUGGCGGCGGAGGGAGUGGGGGUGGCGGCGGGACUAGUGGCGGGGGUGGUGGUGGUGGUGGCAGCAGCGGCGGAGACGGUGGUGGUGGUGCCAGCGGUGGUGGUGGAGGCAGCGGCGGGGGUGGAGGCGGCGGAGGUGGAGGCGGUGGAGGCGGCAGCGGAGGAGGCGGUGGUGGUGGAGGAGGUGGAGCUGGUCGGGGUGGUACCCAGCAGCGUAGCGGCGGUGGUGGUGGCCAGCGCUCGCAGCGGCAGCAGCAGCAGCGCUCGCGGGACAUCCCUCCGCCUCAGCAGCUUCGUGAGUGGUACGCUGGGCGUCAGAGGGGUGGGGGUGCUGGUCCCUGCACCUACGUUCUUCGUUCCAGCGACCGCGCGGGUGAGCAGUGUGGGGGUGCCCACGCCACCCAGCGCUGCUUUGGCCACCUGACGGACGCUUGGCGUCGGCAGUUCCCUGGGGCUAGUGAGAUCCCUCGCUGGGAUGAGCUUCUAAGGGCUGGUGUAGCGAUCUUUGAUCUUGAUUUUGAUGCUAUCCUUGCUGCUAUGUAUGCUGUGGAUUAUAGUGAGGAGAAUGAGGGUUACCGGUGUUUCCAGCCCGACCCGGGCAUUGGUACUGCUGCGCUAGGUGCUUGUGAGGCUGCUGCUCUAGGUGCCAGUGCGUCUGUACUCUCAGGUACUGGUGAGACUGCGCUCUCAGGUACUGCGUCGUCCUCGUCCUCCCUCACUUUCACACUUGACUCCGGGGCUUCUCGCUCCUUCUUUCGAGACCGCACUACCCUUACGCCGCUCGGCCGGCCGGUUGCGGUCUCCCUUGCUGACCCCUCUGGGGGUCCUGUCCUUUCUCACUUCUCCACUGUCCUCCCGUGUCCGGCUGCCCCUUCGGGCACCCUGUCUGGUCUGUACCUUCCCUCGUUCUCUACGAACUUGGUGAGUGGAGCGGACCUGCAGGAUGUGGGGGUUCACCAGUUCACUCCUGAGAGUCAGCGGGUGACCCACUGCACGGAGGCACGCACAGGCCGACACCUGGCCACGUUCUCGCGUCGGCCGGGGUCGAGUCUCUACACCCUGACCGUUGGGUCUCCUCCUGUCCCUGCGUCUGGUCAGGUGGCUGCGUCGGGUCAGGUGCUUGCUGCUGCGUCCCGGUCAGGUCCUGAGUCUGCCCCCUGUUCUUGUCGCCUCCUGUCUCACGAGACUCUCCUGUGGCACCACCGUCUUGGCCACCCCUCCUUGCCCCGUCUUCGGAGCAUGGCUUCCCGUGUCCUUGUCUCUGGUCUUCCCCAGUCUCUCCCUCCUCUCCCCUCCGGGCCAGGACCUUCCUGUGUCCCCUGUGUUGAGGGUCGCCUCCGGGCUACUCCUCACUCCUCCCACUUCCCCCCGACAGAUGCUCCCCUGCAGACGCUUCACAUGGAUGUGUGGGGCCCAGCCCCCGUCCGUGGGCAGGGUUACGAGCGCUACUUCCUGUUGGUGGUUGACGACUACUCGCGUUACACCACAGUCCUCCCCUUGCGCAGCAAGGGUGCGGUCACUGAGACCUUCACGCUUCCGGACUCACCACAGCAAAAUGGGAUUGCUGAGCGCCGCAUUGGCAUGGUCAUGGAUGUCGCUCGUACGUCCAUGAUGCAUGCGGCUGCCCCCCAUUUUCUGUGGCCGUUUGCGGUGAGGUACGCGGCGCAUCAGCUCAACCUUCACCCCCGGGUCUCUCGGCCUGCGAUGUCCCCAGCCUUGCUGUGGACGGGGAAGGUUGGCGAUGCGUCUAUGUUCCGUGUCUGGGGAUCUCGGGCGUUUGUCCGCGACUUGUCUGCGGACAAGCUGUCCCCUCGUGUUGCUCCCUGUGUCUUCCUUGGCUUCCCCACUGACGCCCCAGGGUGGCAGUUUUACCACCCCUCCUCUCGUCGUGUUCUGUCCUCUCAGGACGUCACGUUCGACGAGUCAGUCCCCUUCUUCCGUCUCUUCCCCUACCGCACUCCUUCCCUCCCCCCUCCCCCGGACUUCCUUGUGCCGGUUCCCCCCCCGGUAGACCCCCUCCCCCCUCAGGUUCCUGCCCCCUCAGGUGUGUCCCAGGUAGACGCCGUUGACCCGGUCGAGGUUACUGGUGACUCUGGUGCUGCUGCGGGUGCUGAGCCUGGGGGUGCUGACUCUGGGGGUGCUGUACGCGGGGGUGCUGAGCCUGGGGGUGCUACUUCUGGGGGUGCUGAGCCUGAGGGUGCUACUGCGGAGGGUGCGGAGCCUCGGGGUGCUGAGCUGGGGGGUAGUGUGCCUGGAGGUGCUGGGUCUGGGGGUGCUGGGUCGGGAGCUGCUGAGCCUGGGGGUGCUGAGCUCGGAGCUGCUGAGCCUGGGGGUACUGCGUUUGGAGCUGCUGAGCCUGGGGUUUCUCCUGCUGCUACGUCUCGCCGGGAGCCCCUCUCUCCACAGGAGCUGCGCGAGUGGUUCGCUCGCCGCUGGAGGCGUGCUGCUGAGUCUGGAGGUGCUGCUGGAGCUGGAGCUGGAGCUUCUUCGACCGUCGAGGGUGCGGGUGCUGCCGGUCCCGGAGCUGCUGGACCUACUGGUCCUCCUGGAGCUGGAGCUGCUGAGGGCGUUGGUGCUGAGCCUACUGCUGUUGGUCCUACCGCUGGAGGUGUGGGUGGCGCUGGUGCUGUCGCUGAGGGUGGUGGUGCUGUCCCUGCUGAGUCUGGAGCUGCCGCGCGGCCUCGGCCGUACUUCGUUCCGCUCCUGCAGCAGGUUCUUGGUCUUUCUCCUCUAGUAGAGGGUCCACCGCCUGUCCAGUCGCAGUCCCUGCUGGAGCCGUCCUCUCCAUUGCCUGCUCCCUCUCCUUACACUGGUCCUACUGGAGGUCUUGCUGAGCGUCGUGAGCCUGCGUCUCGUCCCGCGUCGCCUGUUCGUGCUGCUCGCGCUAGUGGUCGCAGUUCGCGUCAGCGUCCUCCUCCUGUCCCUGGCACGCACCGGAUGUCUUUGCGUCCGUCCACUGCUCCUCUGCGUGCCCCUUUGCCUUCUCCUCCGGAGUCCUCUCUUCCUGCACUUGCCGACCCUGAGUCGGACUCUCUUCGUGCUGCCAGCCCUACUGUCACGCGUCUGCUUGCUACCGUCGUCACUGACCCCUCUUUUGAGUCCACUGCUGCGUCUGCUCUAGUCGCUGAGCUCGUCGACUUUGCUGCUCGCUGUCGCCUCGACUAUGCUGCUAGUCUAGUUGCUGAGUCUACGUCUGUCUGUCCUCCGUCCGUCGGGGGUGAGUGUGCUCUUGGCACGGACGUCCUAGAGGACAGGCAGGAGGAGUUACAGUGUCUAGCGGCUGCUUCACCUCAUCUUGCGUCUGUACUGCUUGCCCCUGAGGGAGACCCGGAUGCACUAGACAUCCCGACUCCGCGUUCUUACGCGGAGGCCGUAGAGGGUCCCUACUCCUCUCAGUGGCAGGCAGCUAUGGAUGCAGAGAUGGCUUCCUGGAAGUCCACAGGCACCUACGUUGACGCGGUUCCCCCUCCUGGGGCGAACAUCGUCAGUGGCAUGUGGAUCUUCAGGGUGAAGCGGCCGCCGGGCUCUCCACCUGUCUUCAAGGCACGGUACGUUGCUCGUGGCUUCAGUCAGCGGCAGGGAGUUGACUACUUUCAGACCUUCUCUCCCACCCCGAAGAUGACUACUCUUCGGGUGCUGCUGCACAUAGCGGCUCAGCGCGACUACGAGCUUCACUCUCUCGUUUUCAGCACUGCGUUCUUGCAGGGUAGCCUGCACGAGGAGAUCUGGCUUCACCGUCCACCUGGCUUCACAGGGACUUUCCCUCCUGGCACCCAGUGGAGCCUCCGACGGCCAGUCUACGGUCUCCGCCAGGCACCGCGUGAGUGGCACGACACACUGAGGACUACGCUUGCGGCUCUUGGGUUUGCUCCUUCUACUGCUGACCCGUCGCUGUUUCUUCGCACCGACACUUCCCUGCCGCCGUUCUACAUCCUCGUGUACGUCGACGACUUGGUCUUUGCCACAGCGGACACUGCUGGACUCGCCUACAUGAAGUCCGAGCUGCUGAAGAGACACACGUGCACAGACCUGGGUGAACUGCGCAGCUACCUUGGCUUGCAGAUCACUCGGGACAGAGCACGCCGCACCAUUACCUUGACUCAGUCACACAUGGUGCAGCAGGUCCUUCAGCGCUUCGGCUUCACGUACUCCUCGCCUCAGGCCACUCCUCUGCCUACUCGCCACUCACUCUCAGCUCUGCCUUCGGAUGAGUCCGUAGAGUCGAGUGGUCCGUAUGCAGAGCUUGUUGGCUGCCUCAUGUACCUGAUGACCUGCACACGACCUGACCUUGCAUACCCUCUGAGCAUUCUUGCACGCUAUGUUGCUCCUGGGAGACACAGACCGGAGCACAUGGCUGCAGCGAAGAGGGUAUUGCGCUACCUGUGCAGUACGUCGGGCAUGGGGCUAGUGCUUGGAGGGCGGAGUCCAGUGGUCCUUACCGGCCACGCUGACGCUUCUUGGGCUGACGACCAGGCUACGCAGCGGUCGUCACAGGGUUACACCUUCAGCCUUGGUUCUGGCUCUGUCUCGUGGCGGUCUACUCGCUCGUCUUCAGUUCUCGGCUCCAGUUGUGAGGCUGAGAUCUACGCCGGGGCCAUGGCUGCACAGGAGCUUCGCUGGCUCACCUACCUGCUGACUGACCUUGGAGAGCCGCCUCGUUCUCUUCCAGUGCUGUACGUAGACAACAAGGCCAUGCUGGCCUUGUGUCGAGAGCAGCGCUUGGAGCACAGAACGAAGCACAUUGCUCUCCCCUACUUCCUUGCUCGUGAGCUGCAGCAGCGUGGUCAGUUGCGACUUGCGUACGUGGCCUCUGAGGCCAACACUGCUGAUGUGUUCACCAAGGCACUCGCGCCUUGUGACCAUCAGCGCUUUUGCACCCAGCUGGGUCUUGUACCUGUCUUGCCUCACUUGCUCUCCUCUUGA